GGGGACUUUAUCUCGAUUCCUUCGGACAGCCCAGCUCCUUCCCGGCAUGCUCCGCUCGCAGAAGCCCCCCGCCAGUCCCGCGCCCGGACUUUGCUAUCGGCGGGGCCGGGCGGCCGGAGCGCUCCCGGGAUGCGUGCUGCGGCCGCGGCUGAGAUUUAGCCCAUGCUGGGGAUGUGACGGGGACGGAGUGAGCCCCCCAGAAGCAUGGAGACGGUGGUGAUUGUGGCCAUAGGCGUGCUGGCCACCAUCUUCCUGGCCUCCUUUGCAGCCUUGGUGGUGGUUUGCAGGCAGCGCUACUGCCGGCCUCGAGACCUGUUGCAGCGCUACGAUUCCAAGCCCAUUGUGGACCUCAUCAGCGCCAUGGAGACCCAGUCAGAACCGUCUGAGCUAGAACUGGACGAUGUGGUCAUCACCAACCCCCACAUCGAGGCCAUUCUGGAGAACGAAGACUGGAUUGAAGAUGCCUCGGGUCUCAUGUCCCACUGCAUUGCCAUCUUGAAGAUUUGUCACACUCUGACAGAAAAACUUGUUGCCAUGACAAUGGGCUCCGGGGCCAAGAUGAAGACCUCAGCCAGUGUCAGUGACAUCAUCGUGGUGGCCAAGCGGAUCAGCCCCAGAGUGGAUGAUGUGGUGAGAUCGAUGUACCCUCCGUUGGACCCCAAGCUCCUGGAUGCACGGACAACUGCCCUGCUCCUGUCGGUCAGUCAUCUGGUGCUGGUGACUAGGAAUGCCUGCCACCUGACUGGGGGCCUGGAUUGGAUCGACCAGUCCCUGUCAGCUGCCGAGGAACACUUGGAAGUCCUUCGAGAAGCAGCCCUGGCUUCUGAAACAGAUAAAGGCCUCCCAGGCCCUGAAGGUUUCCUGCAGGAGCAGUCCACCAUAUAGUGUCCGCUCCCGUCCCUGGGUGGCUCCUCGGAUCCUCGGAGCCUUCCAAUCCCCACCCCCCACCCCCCGCACCCCCUGUAGAGUUAGAUGCUCUCCCAGGCUCUGGAGCUGUGCGCAUAGCUGGUGCCUCCGUUGCUGUUGCCCACGGUGGCUGGUGAGUGGCAGUCUAACACCACAGUUACAGGAGCCCACACGCACGCUCGUGCUGCAGAGCUUUACAAACUGGCGGAGUGUCCCCUUUCCGUAGCUCACCUAGUGCUGUUUUCAAGAAAAUUGAGCCACCGUCGAAAAAUCACAAGGUUCCGUGUUAAAAUCAGAGUCUCUGGCUUCUUGUAGACAAUCAGAAGAUAAGGCAACUCUGACAUGCAUUUUCAGAAGACAAUCAGCUGGCACUCCAUAGGAGCUGUCUCUUUCCACAGGGCUGCACUCUCUUGCCCGGUCUGGUUCAUUUAUUUGUAGUUAUCUGCCUGGUCCCCCAGGCAUCUGAGUCCCUCCUCCGCUUACCAGGUUUGGCUUUGAAAGUGAGCACCUCCGGGUUGAUGGUUCCCUUUUUGUCCCUGUGCCUGCAAUUCUACCUAGCUACCACUAGGAGGACAGUAAACUCACCCUGAGAUUUC